GAGACCAUACCUAUAAGUGAAGAAAACGAAGAAAAAGCAUUGACUACGAAAAGAAGCAAACCUGAAGAUGAAGAAAAUGAAGAGAAUACACUGAAUACAAGAUAAACCUAAAAAAAAAAAGACUGGAAGUAUAGAAAAAAAAAAAAAAAACUACGAAAGUGCCGUUGGAAAGGCAAUACCUUUCGACUAGCAGCAACAACAACAACAUCGACUCAAUGAAUAGCGUGGUCGUAGUACCUUGGUUUUCUAGAGAGGAGUGGCUGGAGACAUACAGGGCCACAUUUUCUAGUGAUGUGGGUCGCUGGAAAGAUGCCAAAGACACUAUGUUGGUGUGGCAGGCCAGGGUUGAGAAGUUGCCGGCAGGAGUUGAUGUCACUCUGCCACUCCUCCAGGCCAAGAUAGUGGAUGUUGAUCCUACGGUUGAGAGCAGUGUGAAGUCCAUCUUCUUGGCCUCAGCACUUCAGAGAUUUGUUACUUCCAUUGUCAAGCUUCCCCAGACCAAUUACUACCGAGCUCAGUCCAUGCACAACCUGGCACUGGAAAUUGGCCUUCCCAUGCACCUGGUUGACCUGAGGAAUGAGAUAGUGCACGGCCAUGGAGGCUGGGCGGGUGGGGAGACGGUGCACAGGGCCCUGGACACAGCAUAUAAGUGGAUUAAGGGAUAUUAUUGGGAUGCAGAGUUUGAGAAGAGUCAGAUGAAGCAGUGUGAUGUGUCAGGAAUCUCCAAGGAGAGAUGGCAAGGCUUUCUCUCUCUGUUAAGGAAGUACACGAAGCUCACCAUAUCAUUUGCUAGGAAGAAAGUGCCAAUAUACAUCAAGGUUAAAAAUGCUCUCAUUCGGAAUUUGGAAUCUUUGUACUUGCUGGAUCCUGAGGAGUGCACCAAGGCAAUUGUUUCUCACGUCCUGCUGCCUGAGACUCGCUCCGACUUGGCCAGGCAUCAUGAGGGUGUUGACGUGUGUGAGUGUGGCUGCUGCAUUGAUGACCGAGUUCUGGAGAGAGUGGAACCCCUGCUUGCAUUUUUCUGCAGCAUCGAGGAAGGCAUUGAGUUACUCUUGUCGUGUCUUGUCAAAAGGGGGCAAGAACAUUCCAAACUGGCAUCAGAGUGGGUAUGCAUCAUUGCUGGAGCCUUGCUGGAGUUGCCAUGUUUCUCCAGCCAAGUGAGUCACUGCUCAGGACACUUGGUGGUGCUGGAGAAGCCACCUGGAGGGGUGGAGUGGAAGAGAGUGGUGGUGGACCUUCUUGCUGCACACUCUGACUGGUCCACUCACACUGCCUUCAGAAUUAUAGAGAGUCCAGAGACAAGGAUAACAGAAAGCCAACUGGAAAGUAUAAAAGAUCUUGUGUACGUGUUCAAUGGAGGCUCCCAAGCUCGUAAUGGUAAGGAGAGCAAAGCCAGCACUCACACAGGGGAAGACCUUUACACCAUUGACAGCAUUCUAGCAACAGCAAAGCAUCUGUCAUUAGGAGACCGAAGGAAGCUGGAGAGGCUGAGAAUUGCUGUCACUGGCAUUGCUUCUGAGUCAACAAGCUCUGAUGUUCCACUUGGUGUCCUGGCUCACCAGCGUAACAACUCACUCUUCUACAAGGAACUAAUCCUGCAUUACCCAGACUCAGACUCUGCUCCUCUGCCCUCCAAGAGACCCAAGCUGCAAAACUCUUUAGGUUGAGACAACACGCAUCAUAGUUUUUACUUCAGUUCUUGUUUUAUCUUAUUAUUUUAUUUUAUUUUCACCUUUAUAUGACUCAAGAUGCAAUGGAGAUAAUAUAUGGCCUCUCUCACUACAUUAUCAGGCUUCUAUGUUGAGUGUAAGAGCAUAAGAAAGUAAAAAGAAUGUAAAAGAUUAGUUGACAUACACAAGGCAGCCUCAGACCAUUCAAGAACCUACCAGCCAUCAUUGUUAUCUGUUAGUAUACUCAACCUCCUCUUGAGAACAUCUAACAUCUGUAAUAUGCAAGGUGAAUAGACUUAUCAUUGCA